AAUGGGAUCCACACUGUGUCAGAACUGGAAGGGACCUCAAAGAUCACCACAGCGAACCAGCUCAAAACUCAAAUGAAGAGCAGACACAGAAGGGAAGAAGCGAUCUGUUUAGGGGCACAGUUAUUUAAUGGCAGUGUCUGCAAAGGGCACUGUGACCCAGGAUCCCUGGACCAUAAUUAUAUCCUUUCCACCAUAUCCAACUGCUUAUGUUCACCCAAAGGACAAAGAUGCAGGACAAGUACACCAAAAGUGGCAUUGCUUGUUUCUUAAAGGAAGAUGAUAUUUCUUGGGAUCCCGCCGAUGAAGAGAGUAUGAACAGCCCCUGCUGGCAAAUGAAGUGGCAAGUACAUCAGUUUGUCAGAAAGAUGGUUUUGAGAACCUAUGAGGAAACCAUUCCUACAAUUCCAGUCUUUCUCCUUGUUCCUGGAAGAGUGCCUGGCAUAGAUGUGAUGGACACUUUAGAUUGUUGUAGAAAACAGCAACAUAUUCCUUACCCACUAGGCGAAAGAGGUGUUCAGAGAGCGGCAGCUCAUGUAACUGGGACAAGUCAGAGAAGAAACACAUUCCCAGCUUCAAACUCCAAGAAUGAAAAGGUUUUGGGCCAGAAAAUAAACUCCUGGGAGUCAUCAAGAAGAGGACAUUCAUUUCUGAAUAAUUUGCACUUGCGGAAUGGAGAGCUGAUUAUCCAUCAAACAGGAUUUUAUUACAUUUAUUCUCAAACGUAUUUUCGAUUUCUGGAACCUGAGGAAACAUUGGGAGCAAUUUCAUCAAAAGAAAACAGGAAGAAAAACAAACAAAUGGUACAAUAUAUUUACAAAACCACAAGCUAUCCUGACCCUAUACUGCUGAUGAAAAGUGCUAGAAAUAGUUGUUGGUCUAAAGAUUCAGAAUAUGGACUCUAUUCCAUCUAUCAAGGUGGAAUAUUUGAACUUAAAGAAAAUGACAGAAUUUUCGUCUCUGUAACUAAUGAGCAAUUGAUUGACAUGGACCAUGAAGCCAGUUUUUUUGGGGCCUUUUUAAUUGGCUAAAUGAUCUGCAAAGGUAAAAACAGUGGCUUCAUUGUGAACCUUUACCUUUCAGUAAUACAUCAUGAAAAUAUUCCAACAGAACUAAGAAACUAAGGCAGUCUGAGCAAAGCAACCUCAACUAAAAGACCCUGAAGAAGAAUGCUUUUUUAGUUUCUCUGAAAAAGGACCAACUUACUCAAAGAAACUGAAAUUGCCGGAAGUUUUUUCAGGGCUCAACCUGAUAUCAAUUUACUAGAAGGAAUCUUGCAGAUUCUGUUUCCAAACACUGUGUAGCAAUUAACAUCUUCUGUAUUUAUUGCAAAGAAGAAAGACUAACCAUCCAUCUCUUAGGUAGUAUAUCAUAUUGGUAGCUUCCAGGUUGCAGUACAGGCCAACAUCCCUGAAGUUGAAAGAGAAGGGGGCACUAUUAAAAGGUCAUGGCCUUGA